GUCUCUCGCCUCUUCUCUCCCCGCGCUCUCCUCUCUCUCCGCGACUCCCCCGGCCUCCUCUGCCGCGCGAUGGACUGCACCGAUUACUCGUUCCGAGAAGUCCUCGCCGGCUGCCUCACGAGUGACGAGUUCCGCGAAACGUUGAUGAAGGCGCUGAAGGUCGGCUGUUUCUGCACUCCCUCGUUCCACAGUUACCGGGAUGUCCCCAGGAUCUACGAAUACGACUCGACCGGUCUCAACAUCGAGUCGCGCGUCUUGAAGUUAUGGAAUUGGCAUUUUACUCUAUCCAUGGAGGUAGUUCGCUUGCCUGGUGUCUUGCCGCCUCGUUGUCCGGAGAAGGUUCCUGUUGUGAAAGAUGAGAAAACUGGGACUUUCUAUCGAGCUGACUGUCUGCUGAAACAAUUUUGUUUUGAGAAGCUCGAAAAGGCUUCGAGCCUUAAUGCGGAGAAGGCUGCGGAAUUCAAUCAACUACUUAGGAACUUGUAUACCCUCUCUGAGGAGGAAUUGGGGAAACACAUAAAAGACUAUGGUAUCACCGCUCCGGACACCCAAAAUACUCUCUCCAUUCCCUUUUUCGUGAAGUGGAGUGUGCAAACGCCCAUAUGUGCACCUCCUUUUCAAUUUGGGCCGUACAUGCGACCUCGAUAUGAGCAGGACAAAUUUGAAGAUUUGACAAGGCUAUUUGAGGAAAACGACUGUAGCUUCCCCGUGGCUACUUGUCAUAUUGGUCAGUCUUUCGAAGAAGAGAUUUCUCCUUCCCGUGGCCUUGUGAUCCGCCAUGAGUUCUCAGUCGCUGAGAUCCAGCAUUUUGUCGAUCCAAAAGAUACAACCCAUGGUAAGUUUCGUGCAGUUGCAGAGGUGGAAACUUUUAUGUUCCCAAGGGAACAACAAAAGUAUGGCCAGUCUGCGAUUAAAAUUGUGCUUGAUCAAGCAGUUUCAAAGGGAAUUGUUGACAAUAUGACUCUCGCCUACUACAUUGGCAAAGCCUUUUUAUUUUUAACAUGCCUUGGCAUAGACAAGGAUCACUUGCGUUUUAGGCAGCGUUUUCGGAGCGAAAUGGCUCCCUAUGCAGUAGAUUGUUGGGUUGCAGAAAUUGAGUGUUCCAGUGGUUGGAUUGAGUGCGUUGACAUUGCAUAUAGUCCAGAGUAUGAUUCACAAGCACGUGCGGUAAAAAGUGUAGUUGCCCUUAUGGACAACGAAAAACUUACUAAAACCAAAGAAGAGGAGAAAAGUGGAUUGGCCCUUAUUGACAAUGAAAAACUUACUGAAACCACAGAGGAAGAGGAGAAAAAUGGAGUUGUCCUUAAUGACAAUGAAAAACUUAGUGAAACCAGAGAAGAAGAGGAUGAAAUUGAAUUUGCUCUUCAUGACAAUGGAACAUUUAUCGAAACCAUUGCAGCGAGGGAACCGACAGUUGCUCCAAACGAGAAGGAACUAGGUCAUGCCUUUGAGGGAAAUCAAAAGAUAGUGAUUGAAUCUCUAUUGGCAAUGAGUAAAGAGGAGGCUUUGCUGAUGAAAGAUGAUUUAGCAUCCGAAGGAGAGUCUGCAUUUCUUGUACGCACUUGGGGGAAAACAGUAACAAUCAAGGACAACAUGGUCAAUAUUUCUGUGAAGAGGACGAGGGAAAGGGAGAGGGUUUUUAGACCAUCUGUUAUUGAACCAUCUUUUUGCAUUGAACGCAUAAUACACUGCCUUUUUGAGCAUUCUCUCUAUAUGAGGCCGAGCAAAGCGGGGGAUGAACGAGUAAGCGUGUUCCGCUUCCCUCCACUGGUAGCACCUAUUGAAUGUGCAGUUUUCUCAAUGAGAGAGAAGAAACCAAACCAUGAGUCAGCUCGACUUAUUAGAAGAUCACUGACUGAUGCCGGUGUUUCUUAUAGGAAUUUCAUCGCAGGCAACACCACAGGGAAGGAGUAUGCUGAAGCCGAUGAGCUUGGCGUGCCCUUUGCAAUCAUUGUCGAUUCAAAUGUAGAUGUGUCCAUUCGAGAUAGGGACAGCGGAGAUAAAGUUAGAGUAAGCGUGGGGGAAGCGGCCUCAGUUGUGAAGGGGUUGAUUGACGGGCACAAGACCUGGUCCUGCAUAUGUUCGAGCUUCUGAUGUGCUUCUGCUGAAGAAGAUGAACAGUUGUCACUGAUGUCAUUGUUUACUUAACUUUGCAUCAGUUUUUUUUUUUUUUGUUGGGUCGAAAACUUUGUUCCGGUUCGAAUCAAACUUUUGGUCACAACUACGGCGAUAUUCGAGGUAGCAAACAAAUUGUGUACUUUUGAUACGUGUUUUGGUGGCCAAACAUGCUGUUGAUGUCUUUCUCGAGUGGUAACACGGAGAUAAAAACAAACAUGAAGUUGUAGGUCUGCGUUGGCCUCUUCUCCUGAUUUUCUAUCGCUAAUUUUUCAUGGAUAUUAGCUUAAUAUUCCGUCUAAAAUAUGUGGAAUUUUUCCGCGUUUACAUUUACUUUUGGAGUGGAUUUAUUUUGCUGAAACGCGGAUUUUUAAAAGCGAGGAUAACAUAGAUCUUAAUUUC